AUGAAAAACUCACAACUCUACGAGCUUCAACCCGAUCCAUACGAUGUUACACAACGAAAAUUCGUGCGAUUUUGUCUUUUUAACGAUGUGAAAAAUGCGGUGAGUUUAUUCACUAUUAGAAAAAAAAUUGGCGAACAAUUUAUGGAAAAAAAAUUUCAGGCCGAACUUUGUCAACUUUUACGAGAGCAGAAAAUCGACGCCGCUUUAAUACGAUCAGAAUUGGUGAGUGAAUAUUAUUUUUUGAAUAUUUGAUGGAGCGAAUCAAAUAUAUUUUGACAGGUUUUGGAACCAUUUGUGCUUUUGGCCGCGGCGAAUCGCGCUGUACAUCAAUCAGCUCACAAUCGAAUGAGUUGUCGAAGUUUGUCAGCUGAACUCAUUUAUUCAUUGUCACCCAGUAGAAAUGUAAGUUCUCGUCUAUCUAAUGAUUUUUUUUCGAAAACAAAAUUUUUUCCAGAUUUCCGACUCUCUCGUAACCUUCGGCAUCUCAGAAAACAGCACAUCAAUAAUCGCUGCAACAUUCGAUGACAAAAGUGGCUCACUGAUGAAAAAACUAGCGAAAAAAAUCAAGGCGAAAUCGGUGCCCUUCGAAAAUCUCGGAAAAUCGUCCAAUGUCUCAUUGAUCAAAAAAGUGUAUCAAGUGGGAAAUCCAAGUUUUGCGCCAGAAUCCUUGCCAGAUCACAUCAUCUCAAGAAUUGUCUCAAAAGAUUUCGUCUCAUAA